AUAAGGCGAAAAUCAUCAUUGAUAUAAUACAACUAACCUAGCAAGCUAAUCAAUCCUCUGUUAAAUAGGUAGUAUGCAGAGCACCUCGCCACUUAGCCCAAACCCGGAACGGAGACGUUGGAAGACUUCCUUCCCCCUUUAGGCAAAAUUACAAACUGCCGAUUAAGCACAACACAACACCAGACUUCAUUUUCACCAUGUAGUCAGUCCAUGCCAUUCAUUUCCUCCCUUUACGUUGCCAAUACUUACUCAUAACCUCCUCCCACAAUUUCAUCGUCAUCCCAACCACUCACCUUCCAUAAAAUUCAACCACCGACGCAAUAAUCCCACCAUGACCACCAGCAAAGAAGACGCGACGACUGCGGAAGCAGAAGCAUUCCUCACCCCGUCACCACCGCUGCCACCCCACGAAGACGCCGUAUGGACACGAACAAACGAGUCCCGAAAAGCGACACAGUACCUACGGCUCGUCCUCGAACUAACAAUGGCGGCGAUGAUCGGCGUGCUGCUCGCGAACCUCGUGCACGAGCGAAACGGGGGCAAGCGGUCGCCGGUGCCGACGUUCCCGAGAAAAGUAUACACCUUCCUCCCGGACCCGCAGUACGUCCGCGACGACAUGCUGUUCGACGAGCACGACACGCUGCACACGCUGCAUAACUGGAUCCCGCUGAGCGCUCAAGCCCGCGGCUACAUCCACCUCCCCACCUACUCCUCCUACCCCCUCCUCAGCACCCCCUUCUCCAUCAGCAUCACGCCCAACACGACGGGGCCCGCGUACAUGAUGUCGGUCUUCCACCAGCUGCACUGCCUGUCGUACCUCGCCGCGCGCUACCAGCAGGGGUACGCGGGGACGCGGCUGACGGCCGAGGUGGCGCACCACUCCGCGCACUGCUUGGAUUACUUGAGGCAGAGCGUGAUGUGCGCCGGGGACACGAAUCUCGAGGGGGAGGGGGAGGGGGAGGGAGCAGGGCCGGGCUGGGGGUCGAGGCACGAGUGUGUGGACUACGAUGCCGUGCUUGCGUGGGCGAACGAGCACUCGACGAUGAGUUGGCGGAGCGGGCUGAUGCCGGGGGAGGCUGUGCUGUGAUUUCUUUUUUCCUUUUUUUUUUAUUUUAUGUUACCUACCUACCUAGGUACUAGGCGAGUAUGUAAAACUUCUAAGCACCUAGGCACUACGUUUUUUCUAUGAUGAUAAAAGAGCUUUUGGUUGUGGAGAUUGCUGGCCUUACUUACCCCUGAAUUGCUACAACUUUUGGAUUCAGAAAGGUCGAGAUAUCCAUGGCUGUAAACACAGGCGUAUAAGCACAGGGGAACCUAGGAUUAAUUAGCCCGGCUGAGUUGCAGAAGACU